UAGAACAUCGUGUGUUAUGAAUUUUGAGAACUUAUGAAUAUUAAUUACCCCACGUGACUGUACUACGAACGUUAUCAAUAAACCCUACCACGAUAAUAUAAUGGUACAGAUCACAACAUAUUAAAUAUUAAUAUUCACAAGCGAGACCUAAUGAAUAUUCAUAAGUGAGUCCUUCGCCGUAGUAGGAUGCGUGUGUUCUAUCUCCGGAUGUGUUCAACACAGGCGGUAGUGAUCCAGCAGCAGCAGCAGCAUCAACAGCAGCAGCAGCAGCAGCGCUGAGGUGAGUGAGCGACUCUCUCAGCAGCAUCAUGGCGGAGCAGAGCGACUCACCGUCGGCCGUCCAGAGUCCGCAGCCGGUGCCCACCGUCAGCUGGCCCAUCGUUAAGGAAGCGUACGAGCUGCAGGAAGUGAUAGGCAGCGGUGCCACGGCGGUUGUCCAGGCAGCGCUGUGUAGCCCUCGACAGGAGCGUGUGGCCAUCAAGAGAAUCAACCUGGAAAAAUGCCAGACCAGCAUGGAUGAACUGCUGAAAGAGAUUCAAGCCAUGAGCCAAUGUAACCAUCCAAACGUGGUGACCUAUUAUACGUCAUUUGUUGUGAAAGAUGAACUCUGGCUGGUCAUGAAACUUCUGAGUGGAGGUUCAGUGUUGGACAUUAUUAAACACACUUUCAGCAAAGGAGAACAUAAAAACGGGGUCAUAGAUGAACCCUCAAUAGCGACCAUAUUAAAAGAAGUACUGGAGGGAUUAGAUUAUCUACACAAAAACGGGCAGAUUCACCGGGAUGUAAAAGCGGGUAAUAUUCUACUAGGAGAAGAUGGUUCGGUGCAGAUUGCAGAUUUUGGAGUAAGUGCAUUUCUGUCUACUGGAGGAGACGUUACCAGACAUAAAGUUAGGAAAACGUUUGUGGGAACUCCGUGCUGGAUGGCCCCCGAGGUUAUGGAGCAGGUACGAGGUUACGACUUCAAAGCUGACAUUUGGAGUUUUGGUAUCACGGCCAUCGAACUCGCUACAGGCUCGGCACCCUACCAUCGAUAUCCCCCUAUGAAGGUCUUAAUGCUCACACUGCAGAACGAUCCUCCAACUCUGGAGACGGGUGUCGAGGACAAAGAGACGCUGAAGAAGUAUGGAAAAUCCUUCAGAAAACUUAUAUCUCUGUGCCUUCAAAAGGACCCAGCAAAAAGGCCAACUGCAGCAGAGCUUUUGAAAUGUAAAUUUUUUCAAAAGGCAAAGAAUCGAGAGUAUUUGAUUGAAAGGCUGCUUAGUAAAGGACCAAAUAUAAGCCAAAGAGCCAAAAGGGUCAGAAGGGUUCCAGGUUCGAGUGGUCACCUGCACAAAACUGAAGAUGGUGAUUGGGAAUGGAGUGAUAAUGAAAUGGAUGAGAUAAGUGAAGAGGGAAAGGCAGUUGUCAAUCAUGGACGGUCACGCAGGGUCAAAGACGAAAACCAGCACGGUGAAGUGAAUGCCAACAGUCUCCCAGUAGAGAACCUCUCCAUUCAGCAUCCCCAGGUUCAACCGUUGGAGAAAUCAUUGAAUGCUCAGGUAGCAGUGAACAUGGUCCUGAGGUUAAGGAACUCAAAGAAGGAGCUCAAUGACAUCCGGUUUGAAUUCACACCCGGGCAGGACACGGCGGAUGGAGUUUCUCAGGAACUAUUUUCUGCUGGGUUGGUCAAUGGACUUGAUGUUGUAGUGGUGGCUGCUAACCUUCAGAAGAUUGUAGAAGACCCCGUUACCUAUAAAGUAUUGACCUUUAAGCUGGCAUCUGGCUGUGACAGCUCAGAAAUCCCAGAUGAGGUAAAACUGAUUGGCUUUGCGCAGUUGAGUGUCACUUGAUACCAUCUCAUUACCACGGUAACGAGGUGGGCAGUGGGUGUAUGUGUCAGAAGGGACUGAAUGCUACAGGAGGUUUGGUACCACGCUGCAAACUCUCUCCUCCUGGUUCCCCAUCCACUUUCCCACCCGUUCUCUUUUUCAAGCCUGUUUGCACCUAUUCAAUCAAACACAGCACUCUUUAUUCGAAAAUACACACACACCCCGUCCCUCAAUGCUGUAUUCCCAAAACAUUCCAACACCCAUAUCCCAGAAUUCCAAACAGGACCCCAUCAUCUCAGGAGGCAAUAGCUAGUGAAACAAAAAUAAGAUUAUUUUAUUAUAACUAUUAUUAUUAUUAUUAUUAUUUUACCUCUGCCACAAUGCUCGGUAUUAUUUUAUUAUUUGUAUUAUUGUUGAAAAAAUUGUUUUAUUUCCUCUUGUAUUUGUUGAAUCCCACAUCUGAAAUGAAGGCGUCUCCUCCCUCUGAAUGUAAAAAGCACAUUUUCAUGAAUACAUUAUGAAUGUUAAUUUAACAUUCGAACUGUAUUGUACAUAAAGAUGCUCUGAUGAAAAAGGGAUCUUUUUGUUAAUUUUUGUUCAUUGUUUGUUUGUUUUUAUUUCAAAGAGUAUGAGAAAGCCGAAUGCUGCCGUGUGCAAAUGUACCGCUUUAUUUUGGGGACAGUGUUGAUGCUUCAAAGCUUAGAGGUGCCUUGUUUUUUUUAUCUGUGCCUAAGACAUGUAGGUAACAAGCUUGAAGCUGUCCGAAGCCGAAUCCAUUCUGCUGACACUAAACAGAAAAAAAACUGGUUGAUAGUAUUUUCAUUGGUCACGUUAAGAUACCCAGACAUCACGAAUCCGGGCCAGAUCUUCACCAGAUCCGUCUCGGAGUCGUCUGCAGUUUGGGUAGCAGCCGAUGCACUUUGAUUUCGUGCGGUGCGAGUACACGCACCUGCCCCAACAGCGCUUUGACCCCGAGGAACCGUUCAGAGUUAAUCUAUUAAAGCUUCGUCACGUGACAAGCCUCCACGACGCACACUUUAAUCCUGAUGUAUUGUAUUUAAAAAUGCUGAGUGACAAUUAUGCCAUUUAAAAGCACUAGAACAUGUUUGUUUGAUAAUCUAGAAUGCAUCAGUGAUGCAGUGAGUAUUUCUUGAAGGAAACCAAAUGUCUACUACUGAAUGACAGAAAAGCCAUCUGUGUGUCCAAAACUAGUAGCUUGAAUUAAAUUAUUUUGUUUUCAAUCCGAAUGUAAAUAAUGUGAAGUAGAACUAAAUACUUUAUUAUGAUUCUAAGUUUGUGUUUCUAUAUACCAUGCGUGUAUGUUACUCUUUAGUCCAUGUUCACUUUCUGUAAUAAGCAUAGAAUAUACAAUUUCUGCAAAGGAACAACAAAUAAAAAAACAACUGCUCCUAUAAAUAUUGUGUGGCUGUGUUUUUGGGGAAACGAGCACAAUUAUCAUAAUCUAAUGUUGGUAUUUUCCUAAGAGAGGGAUUUUUUUGCAGUAAUUGUUUAA